UCACAUGCUUGUGUGUGUUUUCAGUCUGGACCGUGAGCUGGAGAGUUUGAAGGAAGCUCUUCUGAAGGCCAGUCUGGAGACGGCACCCAAAGCUCAAGACAAAUCCCCAUCUAAAAUGACCCCAGCCAAGCAGUCUCAGCUCAGGAACUUCUUGUCGAAGAGACAGACUCCACCGGUUCGAUCCACGGCUCCUGCCAACCUGUCGCGGUCCGCGUUCCUGUGUCCUCAGUUCUACGAGGAUCUGGAUGAGGUGAGCUCGAGCUCGUCUCUGUCUCAGGUUCUGGAGCCCGAGGACUCGCUGGCGCUGGCCGAGGACGGGGACGAGCCGCUUCUGAUGCCCAGCGUCUCGAGACACCCGACCGUGGUCCGAACGCCCUCCAUACAGCCGGGCUUCAGUACCAGUCCCUUCAGCAGAGUCCCGAUCAUCAGCGCCGCUCCGAAGAUAAACAUGGACAGUGCCGAUAGCACAGCGCUAGCCACAAAAACAGUGAAGCACGGAGCCCCGCCCACAGAGAAGGCCACGCCCACCGACAAGGCCACGCCCACGUCAGUCCCCGCCCCUCAGGCUGCUGGGAGAGCCGCCCUCAGUAGACACAUGACCAGCCAGAAACCCGGAGCGUGUUUGACCGAGUCCACGCUGAAGACGGUUCCUCAGGUGGUGAACGUUCAGGAGCUGAAGGAUAAAGGUCCACACACACCUGUGUCCACCGUCAUCAGCGCGUCUGUUCCAGCACCGGCGGCUCAGGUGGUUCAGCAGGUUCUGGCUACGGUCGAGGCCAGUAAAAGUUCCUUUCAAGCCGCGUUAAAGGGCCAGUCGCCGGCCCAGGCCACAUCUUCCAGCUUUGUGUUCGGCGGAGCAGCAAAGCCCGAUGCAGGAGCGUCUUCAUCCGUCAGUGAGAAGAGCUCGAAGGGCUUCUCGUUUUCGACACCGUCAGCAGGGUUCAGUUUCACAUCUCAAUCCCCGGACGCCAACAACACUCAAGCGAAGAGUUCUGGCCCGCCAGGCAAGUUCUCCUUCGCUAGCAGUAGCGGAUCAAAGAUGCCGUUUGGCCCCGGUGGAUCCGAGGAGCCUUUCUCCUUCACCCCGAAACUGGCUUCUCCCGCGCCGAGCGCGAGCUCCUCGACCCCGCCUCCAGAGACUCCUAAACUCCCUCACGCUCCCAAAGCCCAAGGAGAAACUCUCGGCUGCUUCUCCGGCUUACGAGUCGGCCAAAGCGAAGAACUCAAGGAUGCCUCCAAACCCGCGCUCGGCUUCACCUUUGGCAACGGAUCCACAGGAUUCGGGUUCAAUUCCGCGCAAAUCAAGCCUGCAGAAACUGGAAGUACAACAGCAGAAUUGGAAAGCGCCACUACAGAAGCUACGAAAACGAUGACGCCACAAGCUCUCGGCACGCUUACACCCGCCGAUAAACCGCUAGAAGCAGCGGCUCCCGCAGUAAAACCAACUUUUACGAUUCCCUCGACGACUUUCCCACCGGACGCCACAUCUUUCGGCAGUCUUCUCCGCGCACCUCUACAAGAGACAACUCUUUCCACAAACCCCCUCCCGACGACGACGGCUUCACCCGAGGUGGCUAAAGAAGAAGCUAAAGAACCUCCCAGUCCUAAACCGCUAGCUUUAAGUGCGCCAGUCGUAUCGGCCACUGAAGCCGCGGCUCCCAUCAUUACAGAAACCAUUACAGCAACUUCCAACAAGCCUCCAACUCCUCCAACUCUGGAGGUCUCGCCAGCACCCCCUCCAUCGGUUACUCCACCAUCCGACACGCCGACGGCUGUAUCCGAGCCUCCUUUAGCGGAACCGGUCGCUAAUCCCGCUCUUGAGACGAUUAGCAGCUCUUCUUUAGCCACUCCUGCUUCCCAAGAGCCUCCAGCAACUUCAGCGUCUGACAAACCUGGCUCAAUCUUUGCCCCGCCUUUGGACGCUCAAACCGUCGGUUUCUCCACAGUCGUCACUACUUCGGCUUCAUCCACCCCGUCCACAGCCAUCACCACUAGCGCAGCUCCUACUUUCGGACAAUCACCCGCCGCUCCGAGCACAGCGUUCGGAUCCACCGCGUUUGGCGCCACUUCGACCCCUGGCUUUGGCAAGCUUGCGUUCGGACAGAGUCCUGCUGGUUUCGGCCAGCCUGCCGCCUCAGACUCUGCUAGCAACUUCAGUUUUGGUCAGGCGGCGUUUAGCGCUAGCCCUGGGUUUGGCACGCCGGCUACGACCUCCACCACCUCGACGGCCACCGGCGGAGGAGCAGGGAUGUUUGGAGCUGCUAGCGCUAACAGUGCUAGUUCCUUCUCCUUCGCAGCCGGCACCGGCUCCGCACCCGGCACUGGCACUGGAACUGGACUCUUUUCCCAAAGCAGCGCUCCUGGUUUCGGACAGCCCAGCGCAGGCUUUGGCCAGGGGUCCAUGUUCGGGAGCAACACCACCACGGCGUCCUCUGGGUUCGGUUUUGGACAACCAUCAGGGUUCGGCAGCAGCACCUCCAGCUCGUCGGUGUUCGGACAGCAGCCCGGCGUCUUCGGACAGGCUCAGUCCGGUGCGGGUCUGUUCGGCUCGGGCGCGGGGAACACGUCCUCGGGGUCAGGAUUCUUCAGUGGCCUCGGAGGGAAACCCAGUGAAGACGCCGCCAACAAGAACCCGUUCGGAGCGCCGGCCGCGGGAGGAUUCGGCCAGCCGAUUAACACAGGUCCGGCUAACCUGUUUGGGAGCAGCGGAGCGAAGGCCUUCAGCUUCUCCAGCAGCUCGUUCGGGGAACAGAAGCCCAGCGGGUCCUUCAGCACCGGAGCCGGGUCUGUGGCGGCUCAGGGCUUCGGCUCCUUCAGCACUCCCACCAAACCAGCUGGUUUCGGGAGCGCGCCGGUGUUCGGCAGUCCUCCUACGUUCGGUGGAUCUCCGGCGUUUGGGGCGUCGGCAGGGUUUGGCUCCGCCCCCUCCUUCAGCGCACCAAUGGGAUCCUCGGGGGGGAAGGUGUUCGGAGAGGGAACCACCGCCGCUAAUGUCGGGGGAUUCGGGUUCGCGUCUCCUCCUAAUGCGCCGUCGUUCGGCAGUCUAGCCAAUCCCAGCGCAGCGACUCCGUCGUUCGGGAGCCCGGCGGGAUUCGGCACUCAGACCGGAACGUUCCCCGGCUUCGGCUCGUCUGGAGGUUUUGGAGGCUUUGGGAACGCGAACACCAACCAACCGUCGGCUCAGACCUUCAACAGUUGGAGGAGUUGAUCCGCGGACUCUGACUUCCACCGACACGCUGAUGUCAUUUUAUAGUGUGUGUGUGUGUGUGUGUGAAUAUGCCGUGAGGUUUGGUCAUCUUUACGUGUGCUGAUGU